AUGUCACAGUCCCGUGAGAAGGACGACGAUACCGAUAUGGCCAUUUCGUACGCAAAUCGGCUGCCACCAGCCAGUCAUUCCCCUCAGACUCUUCCCUCAUUUCGAGAACUUCUUCCUCCUCACCUUCACGAAGAAAUCGACUCUACUUCAUACUAUACAUCCCCACGUCACCAAUCGCAAGAACGCCCAGUCUCUGGCCAUGAGAUGGCCGAUCCUCGAUCUAUUCCAUAUGCCACAAAUGCACAGCCAUCAAAAAUGGGAUAUGGAGAUCCGCACCGCGAAUAUGCCGUUUCCCGGUCUGGCGAACAACACCCUUCCCGACGCAUGCCGGACCAAGGACAUCUACAGAUGCGACGUGGCGAGAAUCCGUCGCCGACAGCACCGCGCUUUGCGGCAGCACGUGGACCAAGUCCUAUUCUACCCCCGAUUCGGGAUCUUCAGCCAGGCGUGAACGCGCCGAGUAAAGGUUACCCAGAUAGCAGGGUGCCUCCACGAUCCGACCCCUUCGGGGCGCAGGACUAUCGAGGUGGACAGCCACCGGUCGAUCCUCGUGCGGACCCAUACCUAUCAGGCAGAGGGCCGCCGAUGAUGCAUCCUCCGUCACCAUACGGCCACGCCAUGCCAUACCAUGGCGAGGGAGAGCCGAUGCCUUCGCAGAUGAUGGGCCAUCCUCAGCAGGCAAACUUUGGUAUUAUGGGUGAUCCGAUAGACCCCAAGACCAAGCGCCGAAGAGGCAAUCUUCCCAAGCCAGUCACAGAUAUACUUCGAGCCUGGUUCCACGAGCAUCUGGAUCAUCCAUACCCUAGCGAAGAAGAUAAGCAGAUGUUCAUGACUCGGACGGGCUUGUCGAUCAGCCAGAUCAGUAAUUGGUUUAUCAACGCCAGGCGACGACAGCUUCCUGCCCUUCGCAAUCAAAUGCGAAGUGGCACCACCGACACCGAGUCCCAACGGCAGUCCCCUUUCAGCGACAUCGAGCCGACUUCGCCGCAGUAG